CUCGCCGAGGCCGCAGAAAGCCGGACGAAAAGCUUGCGAAGCCCGCGCGUAUCGCAGCGGAACCAGCCUCGCUUAGGCUACGGCUAGUUUUAUUUUUGUCUUUUUCCUUUUUCAUCUCGCAUGCCUUAAACCCCCCCUAGGAUUUCUUCGCAACUUCCAGUCAUGGCGCUAGCUCAGCCCAGGGACCUGGAGCAGUACUUGGCUCUGGGCAAGAGGAGGCAUAACGAGUUGUGCAGGCAGAAACGGAUCUUCAACGCCAGGAACAGGAUCAUCGGGGGAGACGCAGAAGCCUGGGAUGUUCAGGUUCAUGACCAGAAGAUAAAAGAAGCAACUGAAAAAGCUAGACAUGAAACUUUUGCUGCUGAAAUGAGGCAAAAUGACAAAAUCACAUGCAUAUUGGAAGGCCGGGAAAGGCGAGAUAAGAGAAGCCUCUGUAAAGCCAUCAAUGACUUCCAGCAGCACUUCCAGAGGCCAGAAACACGCCGUGAAUUUGACCUAUCAGACCCCCUAGCCCUUAGGAAAGAUCUUCCAGCUAGGCAGUCAGAUAAUGAUAUUCGGAAUACAGUAUCAGGAAUGCAGAGAUUCAUGGGAGAGGAUUUAAACUUCUGCGAGAGGAAGAAAUUCCAGGAGGAACAAAACAGAGAAUGGUCCUUGCAACAGCAGAGGGAGUGGGAGAAAGCCCGCGCCCACCAGAGAUGUGCAGAGGACCUCUACUUGAAGACAAGGCUGCAGUUUGAUGAAAGAGCUAAGCAUUUACAGAAUCUGGAAAGCGCCACCAGAAAGGCAGUGUGCACAGCUGUGAAAGAAUUCAACAAGAGCCAGGCCACCGAGUCGCUGGAAAGGAAAAUUCGAGAGAAAAAACAGGAACAAGAAGACAACCUGGCUGAGAUCUCCAACCUGCUGCGUGGGGACCUGCUCUCGGAGAACCCGCACCAGGCAGCCAGCUCCUUUGGGCCCCACCGCGUGGUCCCUGAUCGCUGGAAGGGCAUGACGCAGGAGCAGCUGGAGCAGAUCCGCCUGGUUCAGAAGCAGCAAGUCCAGGAGAAGCUGGUGGUGGUGAGUCACCUCUCCUCCCUCCAGAGGCUUCAGGAGGAAGAGCGGCAGGGAGACAUGGACUGGGACCGUCGGAGUAUACAGACGGCACGCGCCGCUCUGCUCAGGGAGCGGUGGCAGCAACGCCAGCAGCGAGACCUGCGCAGGGCUCUGGACUGCAGCAACCUCGGCCUGGCCAAGGAGCAGCGUGCGCAGAAAAAAUAUAUGGAGGAAGUCUGUACAAAUCAACCCACUGAAGAUUAUUUCACACAAUUUAAUACACAAAGUCGCUAAAGAAAGAGAAACCGUUUAUGCGUAAGAUGCAGUAGCUGUGAAGAGUCACAUGUAU